UGGGCAGACGUCCAAGCGCUUGUGCAGAAUAAAGAGUCGCUCUGCCUGAAUCUUGAAUAACGGAGUAACACACACAUCGAGUCGCCUUAAAGGCUCGAUUAAAGGUCAGAUCUUACGUUCACCAUGGCAUCAGGCAGUGCGAACAGUGAGGAGGAGAAGAGUCUUAGAGAAUGUGAGUUAUAUGUGCAGAAACACAACAUCCAGCAGUUGCUGAAGGACUGCAUCGUCCAGCUGUGCACCUCACGACCCGACAGACCCAUGGCCUUCCUCAGAGAAUACUUUGAGAGACUUGAAAAGGAGGAAGUCAAGCUUCUGAACCAGCAGAAAGGCAGCUCUCGCUCAGACUCUCGUGAAGAUGAAGUGUCUCCUCCAAUGAAUCCUGUGGUGAAGGGUCGCAGACGGAGAGGGGCCAUCAGUGCUGAGGUCUACACCGAGGAGGAUGCCACCUCCUAUGUCAGGAAGGUUAUCCCGAAAGACUACAAAACCAUGGCUGCUCUUGCCAAAGCUAUUGAAAAAAAUGUGCUCUUCUCACAUUUGGAUGACAAUGAGAGAAGUGACAUAUUUGAUGCAAUGUUCCCGGUCACCUACAUUGCAGGAGAGACUGUCAUCCAGCAAGGUGAUGAAGGGGAUAACUUCUAUGUCAUCGACCAGGGCGAAAUGGAUGUGUAUGUGAACAGUGAGUGGGUGACCAAUAUUGGAGAGGGGGGCAGCUUUGGAGAGCUGGCUCUAAUCUACGGUACCCCCAGAGCCGCCACUGUCAGAGCCAAGACCAACGUCAAGCUCUGGGGCAUAGACAGGGACAGCUACAGGAGAAUACUGAUGGGAAGCACUUUAAGGAAAAGGAAGAUGUAUGAGGAGUUCCUGAGCAAAGUAUCCAUUCUAGAGUCUCUGGAUAAGUGGGAGCGUUUGACUGUGGCUGAUGCUCUGGAGCCAGUGCAGUUUGAGGACAGUCAGAAAAUCGUGGUGCAGGGAGAACCAGGGGACGAGUUCUUCAUCAUCCUGGAGGGAUGUGCAGCUGUUCUGCAGCGUAGGUCAGAGAAUGAGGAGUUUGUAGAGGUCGGCCGGUUAGGACCAUCAGACUACUUUGGUGAAAUUGCUCUGCUGAUGAACCGACCCCGUGCUGCCACCGUGGUGGCCCGUGGCCCUCUGAAGUGUGUCAAGCUGGACAGGCCGCGUUUCGAGCGGGUGCUGGGGCCAUGCUCGGACAUCCUCAAACGCAACAUCCAGCAGUACAACAGCUUCGUCUCACUCUCCGUCUGAAACUAUCCAUCCCCCAAAACCUCCACCGCAGGGUCCACCAACACCAUUUAGCUCUUCAUCUCCUCGUUGUUUUAAGCGUUUAAAGGCCCAUUACCUUCACAUGCUUCAUAAAGUGCUUCCCAUGUGACUGUGACAUCAGUCUAAAGCUUUAACAGCCCGUUUCAUAGUCGGACAUUUACAGCCAAAUGAAAGGACAGACAAUCCAAACGUAUGUUCCUCCAAUCAAAUCCCAGCCUUUACUCUACAAUGUUUUUAACUUUAACUCCAAGCAGUGAACAAAAAACAAUAGAGGAGUAAAAAAUAUAUAUUUAUAAUAAGUUAUUCUAAAACAAGAAACAUGUUUAAAAUUCCUUUACCCUCACAGUGCUGAAGUUAGUUUUUUAAAGACUAGUUUUAUAAAAUGAUGAACUGCCUACAUAUGUAUGAAAAGAGUAAACUAGAAGAGUGAUGUUUGGCUGCACCACAGACAUUGUGAUUCAACUCAUUCAAGCCUUACUGCCUAUUUUUCCCUUUGCUAACCUCCUCUAUCAAAGUUGUAUGGUCUAAUGGAGGAAAAAAAAAAUGGUCAGGAAUUUGUCACGACCUGAGAAGUAUUGGAAUAAUAUGCUAUUUUAUUGUCAUUUGUUAUCAUCAUUCCUGCACACGCUCUUUGUGUUCAGAUGCGUAAAUCGGUUGUCAGGCCAUUUCCACGCAGUAUCUAUAUAUUUCGGUUUUACUGUAGGAGAAGCUGGCUCAUCGAUUUUUAACGCCAGUGCCAAACGUUGGACAGAGCCUCGCGUCUUGACUUGAAUUUAGCUUCUAACGGUGAACAGUGCAGCAUAGCUGACACUGACAGUAUCUGAUUUGUUUGUUACAAUUGCAUGUGCGCUAUCUCUGAUAACGAAUCGAUUUCAAUCCGAAUGUUUCAGUAUUUACCUUUUUGUCAGUAUAUGCUGAUAAAUACCGGUUUUAUUUUGAAUAAGCGUAUUUUUCCACAAAUUAUGUGUUGAAAUGCACAGUGGCAUAUAUAGACGCAUGUCCUAUUUUCAGAUUAACACGUUGUUGCUUUCUCUUGUUUUUGAAGAGGCUUGUAGCGGUUUUAAUGUUUAAAUAAAAUAAGCCUGAAACAAUUGAAAAAUUUGGUUUUAGUGUAAAUACAGAGGUCUCGGGUUUUUAAUGAGGUACUGUUUGAAAAUAAUUGGCCUCAUUCAUGUUUUAUUCGGUUGAAUUUGAGUAGGUACAGUACGUAAGAAUAGCUUUAUGAACGAUUUACCCAGAUUUUAUUUUCGGUCCAUGUAUUAUGAAUGAGGACAAGAGUAUUCACAAUAACUUUCUGUUGAAACUCUGUACGAAAACAACAUUUCCAGUUUUGUCUGUAGACAAUCCUGAGUGAUUUUAAAGUAAUCACUGAUCGUCUUUAUUUACAGAACGUUCCGCAUUUUAGCUAUCCAUACAUUCAAAGAUUAAAAUGGUACAAAGAUUUUGUGUUUCAGCAUUUUUAACUCUCUUGCUGCUCUUCACCUCUUCAUUACCAUUUCUCAAUUUGAUCAUGUUGAUUUCCUCUUAAACAAUAGGCCCAGACAUUCACAAACACCCGUCUUCAUGCAGUGAUGCUUGUUGUAUUUUAUAUCUGUGUGAAUGGACAGACUGAUGAAUGACUGUGUAUUAAACAGAUGAAUAGAGCUUGCUUUAGCUUCUGUUAUCAAGGGUUGGAUGUUCCUUCUAACCCAAAUGUAUCUGCUAGUUCUGCGACCUGCAGUCUUGUGAGCUGCUUACAUAUUGCGGACCACUGAUGUGUUGUUGUUUUUAUUAUUAUUUAUUUUUUUAUUUUUCAAUGUUACCCAUAUGUGUAGUUCGAUUUCCAGUGAGUUCUGCGAAAAAUAAUCCUUUUGGUAUAGAUCAUCCAAAUGGCAGUUUAAGCAAUAAAAAGGUUGUAUUGUUGAACCAUCAACUGAAGUGGAAUACUUUAUUACCAGAAACAUGCUCUUUAUUUGUCUUUAUAUAUAAAAAAUUGUUUACAUGUCUAUAUGUUUGUAGUUAGAUGUACCGUAGAUCUGAGUCACCAUCCACUGUAAAUGAGUCACAAGGGGGCAGUGUUCAACCAAGAGAGAAAAAUCUGGGGCCAUGUGCAGAAUAGAAUACUAGCUUGCUAAUUACUGCAUACUGCAGAAUAUACAUUAUGUACUGUCUAAUACUAUUUAAAAAAUAGUAAGUGAAACCAGAUUUCAAAUGGAAGUCUGCUGCUGCUGCACAUGAGGUUACAUGAACUCAUCCUGUUGCUUGUGGCAUCCAGUUAACGUUUUGGAAAAAGUUAUUUUAGCAUUUUUAAUUACAUUGGUGCAAAACAUUUUUAAAUGCAAUCUAAUAAAAAAAAAUGUUAAAAAUCA